UAGUGAUUGUACAUGCUAUUUCCAACUCUUUACUUCUCAGCUCACUUAAUGUCAUUUCAUUCCUGGGAGAGAGGCCAGACGAGGACGUCCUUCAGGCUGAGGCAGGGCUCGAAGCGGCUCCUCACUAUCCUGAGUUCCUUGGUGUUUUUGUUGUAUCUCCACCUCGUGGUUGAUGGGCACCUGCCAUGUCCUGCUUGGCAAGAUCCAGGAGCUGAUCUCAGAGAACCUUCAUGUAUCUUUGACUCUCAGACUAACCUUGCGAAAGAGAUAGAGCAGAAAUCUCUAGAUCUUGGCCAUGAUCACUUCCUCCUUUCAAGCCUCUGUGGCAGUUUUUGCCCUGGUGAUCCUGCAUGUCAGUGCCCUGGAUACAUUUAUAGCUGCUGUAUAUGAACAUGCUGUCCUGCGGCCAAAGGCCACAGAAACACCUGUUUCUCAGGACGAUGCCUUGCUCCUUAUGAACAAGAACAUAGAUAUUCUGGAGAAAGCGAUAAAGCGGGCAGCUGAGCAGGGUGCUCAAAUUAUCGUGACUCCAGAAGAUGCACUUUAUGGAUGGAAAUUUACCAGGGAAACCAUUUUCCCUUAUCUGGAGGAUAUCCCAGACCCUCAGGUGGACUGGAUUCCAUGUCAAGACCCCCACAGAUUUGGUCACACACCAGUACAAGCAAGACUCAGCUGCCUGGCCAAGAACAACUCUAUCUAUGUUUUGGCAAAUAUUGGGGACAAAAAGCCAUGUAAUUCUCAUGACUCCACAUGUCCUCCUAAUGGCUAUUAUCAAUACAAUACCAAUGUGGUAUAUGAUGCAAAGGGACAGUUGGUGGCACGUUACCACAAGUACCACCUCUACUCUGAGCCUCAGUUUGAUGUCCCUGAAAAGCCGGAGCUGGUGACUUUCGACACCGCCUUUGGAAGGUUUGGCAUGUUCACGUGCUUCGAUAUACUCUUCCACGAUCCCGCUGUGACCCUGGUGAAAGACUUCCAUGUGGACACCAUUCUGUUUCCCACAGCGUGGAUGAAUGUUUUGCCCCUACUGACAGCUAUUGAAUUCCACUCAGCUUGGGCUAUGGGCAUGAGAGUUAAUCUUCUUGCGGCAAAUAUACACCAUGUGCAACAAAACAUGACAGGCAGUGGUAUUUAUGCACCGGAUUCGCCCAGAGUAUACCAUUAUGAUAUGGAAACAGACUUGGGAAAGCUCCUUCUUUCAGAAGUGGAUUCGCAUCCUCGAACCUCUCCUGCCUACCCCACAGCCGUGGACUGGAGUGCCUAUGCCACAACCAUCAAACCAUUCCCAGUCCAGAAAAAUACUUUCAGUGGGUUUAUUUCCCGAGAUGCCUUCAACUUCACAGAACUUUUUGAAAAUGCAGGCAGUCUUACAGUCUGUCACAAAGAUCUCUGCUGUCAUUUAAGCUACAGAAUGUUAAGAAAAGAAGAGAAUGAAGUGUAUGUUCUAGGGGCUUUCACAGGACUUCACGGCCGAAGGAGAAGAGAGUACUGGCAGGUAUGCACCAUGCUGAAAUGCAAAACGACUAAUUUGACAACUUGUGGACAACCGGUAGAAACAGCUUUGACAAGAUUUGACAUAUUCUCCCUAAGUGGUACAUUCGGAACAGAGUAUGUUUUUCCUGAAGUGCUACUUACUAAAGUUCACCUGUCACCUGGAAAAUUUGAGGUACUAAAAGACGGGCGUUUGGUAAACAAGAAUGGAUCAUCUGAACCUAUUCUAACAGUGUCACUCUUUGGGAGAUGGUACACUAAGGACUCACCUUCCAUCUCCGGAGGGAUCAGCAAUUUAGAAACAACUAACCUGCUAAUAGCCACUUUUUUAAUGAUCAUAGUUUUGCAAAUAUUAUGAUGGUAUAGGACAUCACUUUAUCACAUUUAUUUUUGCAGCAUAUAUUUUGCUAAAUAUGUUUAUCAGCUUUCCAAGUUUACUAAGAAAACUCAUUAGUCAACAGAGCCAAAUAUCAACAGUAUAAUGAUUGAAAUUUCUUUUGAGAGCCAAAUUUUUUAAACUUAAACUUCUUCUAAUGCCACUUCUUCAAAAUAGACUCGCCCAGGCCAUGGUAUUUUGUGGAAGAGCCACACUCAAGGGGCCAAAGAGCCUCAUGUGGCUCGUGAGUCGCAGUUUGCCGACCACGGGUAUAGAUAAAUAAUUUCCAAAUAUGUAUACUUCUCAUCUUGAAUUAUUUUUAAGUAUUAUGGUAAUUUUGCCCCCUGGUACUUAGGUCAGAUAAAUGAGGAUCAGAUCAUAGCUCUAACCUUAUUUGCUGUGACCUUGUGUGUGCUAGUGUGCAUGAGGGGCAGAGUGAGAGCUUCAGGGUCAUUGUAAGCAUAGUUGUGGCCUUUGAAGACUGAGUCUUGUGACUGAAUUCCAUUUAGCAUUAAAGACAAUUUAAAUUCACCUACUUUUCUGUGCUAAUGAUUAGGGGGAAAUUUGCUUCCCAAUCAGAUGGUAAUGUUGAAGUUUAUCUUCACAAUGAAAGUUGUUUUGAGAUAUCCUAGAAGCAAUGACAGCAAGUCCAGGUUCAUAUCAAAGGAGACCUGACUCAGGGCAUUCAUAGCCUUGAACUAUCUCACCUGAAGGUUGUGGUAUAAUUUAACAGGCCCCAAAUCCCAUAAGACAAAGGUCAUGACUGUGAAUAGUAACACUGUUUUCAACAUCAGUUAGUCUGCUUAAAAAAAUUAUAUAUAUUCCAAAUACAGUGUAUUUGUUAUGGAUCAUUUAAUACAAGUAUUCUUAAAAUUAAGGAAAUAAAUUUUCAGGAUUUUUAAGAUUUCAUAUCUCCAAAAUUAUUUUAAGUCUAAUACUUUCACAUUAAAAUAUCACAAUUGAGGCUUUAUGUUUUGUUUUUAUAUGUUGUAUACUAUAUACUCUUUAUAGGUUAAACUUGAAUCUUCUAUUAAAAUGCAGUAGGCAAUGAACCUAUAAAACAGUGGGUGGCAGUUGCCCCAUAGAAGACAAUGUCAAGUGGAAGAAAAAGAGAGGAGGCAAGCCACGCUGGGCUCAAAGAGAGAGCCUGCCUGGGGCUUAGAAAUUGCAAAGCCCUAUGGAGUUUCCUUAUGAAACAGCACUUAUUAAAAAACAAAUGCAUAUUCAAAAGCAUUAUUUAAAUUAUUAUGACAAUGUUUCCCAUACACAGAUAUGUCUAAAGGAUUGCCUAUCAGUCACCUAUAUACCCACUGCUCAGUUAUGCAAUAACAGGUCAUGAAUAGAGUGGCAUCUUUUGUAUCGUCCACUGAUCACAUUCUCCUCCUUUCCCUGUUUUCUUCCACCAGAGGAAAUCAACAUCCUAAUAAUUUUCUAGAUCAUUCCCAGGACGUCUUGGUAGUUUAUUACAUAUGUACAUAGCCCUACUUAUUACUGUUUUGCUUUUUUUGUGUGUAUAUAUGGUAUCAAAUUGUACAUAACAUUCUGCAUAGUUCUUAUUUUUAUAUUCGACAUUGCAAGCUUAAUCCAUGUAAAGAAGCAUUGCUCUAUUUCAUGCAUUUUCACUGCUAUAUGAUAUACAAUUAUAUGAAUGUAUCAGUUAUUAAGCUAUUAAGAAGCCAACCCACCCUUCUAUAUUCUUUGUGAUUCUGGGGCUGGAUCUAGGCAAACAUACUUCUCCUUUCCCAGAUGACUCCCUGUUAGGUUCUCCAAUAGAGGAAUAUGUAAGGUUGGAAGAAGAGAGAAGAGGCUUACUCCUUUCUGUCUGCUCACCUAUCAGUGUUGUCUCCUCAACUGUUAUUGUACCUGAUAGCACUAGUUUGUUCCAGUAGCACUUGGUUCUAGUUUUCUGUUUUUCCCAUACUCUCAGGCCCAAAGUCAUUGCCCUCCUUCAAACAUACCAGCACCAGCAAGCGCCUCCUCGAGAGAUUUGAGUCCCAGCUACAUGGGGCCCCUUCUGAGGACGUGGUUCAUCAGCACCAGCUGGAGAGGGCCCUCUCCUCAGGGUGCUGAGCCUUAGCUCCCCAGGGUCCUCUGGAAAGCUAGCUCCUAACACCCUCCUCUUCCUUUUGUUUACAAAUAACAGAAAUGGUAGCUGCUUUCUGGUGUUGCUGUGUUAUCCCAGUGUUCCCAGCGUUCCUUUUUUUGUGUGUGUGUCCGUAAUUCAUCAAAUACCUGUGUAACCAAAACCCAAUAUUAAAUUCUCUUAAAAUAACCAGUGUGGAUUCUAUUUUUCUGGUUGCACAUUGCCUGAUACAAUGGAUAAAACAAUAUUUAUCUGUCCU